AUGAUAGAUACAGACAACAGUGGGUACAUUAGUUUUGAAGAACUCAAGGAUGGACUUAGUAGUUUUGGUGCUAAUCUUGAAGAAUCGGAAAUUCAUGAUCUUAUGCAAGCGGCGGAUAUCGACAAAAAUGGUGCCAUCGACUAUGAAGAAUUUGUAGCUGCAACCUUGCAUUUUAACAAAGUGGAUAACGAAGAUAGUCUAUAUGCUGCUUUUUCGUAUUUUGACAAAGAUGGCAGUGGUUAAACCGUGAAUGAAAUCCAACAAUCUUGAGGAAUAGACAAUGCACAAAUGGAAGAAAUUAUGAAAGAAGCUGAUCAAAACAAUGACAAGUUUUUACAGAUGUGGUGUGAAGCCCUUAUUAUGUUGCACCAGAAGUUUUGCUUAAAAAUUAUGGUCCAGAAGCCGAUAACUGGAGUUCUGGUACUCUGGAAUGUUGCUCUUAUUGGAAAUAAUAGUAAUGGUGUUAUUGAGAAAGGGAAAAUUGGCUUAUGCCCAGAUGUGAUAAUCAGAUCUUGGUUGUCACCUGAGAUGACUAGUCGAUCUCGAAGGUCUGAAAGGAUCGUCCGCCGCAAUCCUAAUGAUGCAGAGGAUUCCCCUAUUGUUGCUCCUAUUAAUACAUGA